GUAGCCUCGAUAAUACGAUAAGUUCGAGGAUGGAUCGAGCUGGCGAGAGAACCAGCGAGAGACUUUUCCUAUCCUUCCCACCGUCUUUUCCGGCCGUACUAUGGAUUAAUAGCUUUUUGAGAUAAAUCUUUCGACCGUAUACAAAUAAGUAACACCUGGUGCAACUUGAAAUUUCUGUUGCUCGCUCGUUGUCCGAUCGUCCGUAGAUCUAUUCUCAGUUUCCGUAGUCCUCCCGAAACUGUAAUGCUUCUCUCCACUGGAGCACUAAAUAUCUAAACAGCCAAGUGUCUAAAUUUACGUCGCCGCUGGAUUGGUCAAGCUACCAUCCCGUAGACCGGAGAAGUUUGUCAAUGAACAUCUCUUUUUUCUCUCGAACCGCCCUGUAUACCGCGGCUUCGCAGCAGGUAGCCUCCUGCUUUUCUAAAGCCGCCGCCGGCUCGUUGUCUGGUAGUCUCGUCCCGUUGCUCGCGCGAGUGCAUGCGUUUCUCGCGCGCUCUUCCCUCGUCCGUCAUCAUGGAAAAGUCGCGGUGAAACCGAACACAGUGCUAGGCUUUAUCGAAUUCAACGAGAUAACUGAAAAGUCAAUCGUAAUCGUUAGUGAUAACAGUGCUAUAUUUGAACCGCGGGUGGAUUUUUCAUUCGUUUCGACGAUUCGCUUGAGAUGAAAGAAAGGAGAGAAUCGUGCAAGAGCUCUUUGCCUCCUCUCGCGUUUAUUCCGUUUUCUCCGAUAAACACUUAAUUAUUAUCAUAUACGUCGAUAGCUCGGUACUGACGUAAAUCUUGUUUUACUCUGACGUAUUUGAACGUAUACGUUCCUUUUUGAACAGCCGGAUCGCUGGAGUCAUUGAUCAACAAAUUAUCAGAAUAGUAUUUAUAUAGUAUAAUAGAAUAUUUUUUGCAACAUUGCAUAGCAGGUAAAAAUAUUUUUUACGUAGACAGAUUGCUUAUUCCAUAAAACACACCAGAUGAUUGAGUGCCCAUAUGUCCCAUACUGUACAUAUCAGCUUCAAUAUUGUUAAAUAUUUACUGUACAAAUAUUUCGUUGUAUAUAGAUGCUUGAUUAUUUACACAUUUGUGUGUUUAAGUGGUGUACAUUUCAUGAGAGUUACAAUUACAAUUUAGAUGCAAAUUCACCUGUGUUUGUAUAUUUUAGUCGUCAGCUAACGUUUUAUUAAUCCUUGCUUAAAACCAAGAAGCGAUGACUAAAAGGAUAAAAUUUUAUUAUAUAUUUAUAUGGAAUGUGAUUGUAGAUUAUUAUCGAUACAGAUAAUAUCCUAAACAAUGUCUAAAACAAUUAUAAAAUAAUAUUUGAAUAACAAUUACAAAAUAAUAUCCGAAAUAAUUAGAAAUUGUAACAUAUCUUGUAUUUGUAACAUAUCUACUUACGUAAUCGUUUAUCAUUUACAUCUCAUCAGAUAAAUAAUAUCUGAAAUAAUUAGAAAUUGUAACAUAUCUUGUAUUUGUAAGAUAUCUACUUAUGUAAUCGUUUAUCAUUUACAUAUCUGUGAAUAGCACGCUUUUUGUAAAUAACUACAUCACAAGUGACCAUGGAUGCUGUUAUAUCCACACAAUAUCUGUCAAACUACACGCUGAUUAAAAAGUUCGCACCCUUCUUUAUCACUUUCACUCUAUUGGUUCAGCAGUACACGCACAAAACACCAACGAGACGUAGUGAGAUUAACGAAUAAUGAGAGAUUGGCUGUUUUUAUUAUUUCAUGGGGCAUAGAGAGAGGGAGAGAGAGAGGGGGAAAGGCUUGUGCCAUAUACUUCUUCAAAGAGUCAUCGUGUUUCUUGUCUCUCUCUUUUUCUCUCUUCCGCUAUUUCUUGUGGCACUUUCGUGAGUAAGCUUCCGCACGGCGAUAACGCUGAGAGGUGGCGAUAAUUCGCUCCGUUUCGAGUUGCCGUUUCGAGCAGCAGCCUCGUUAAAGUUUAAUUAGUACAUAAUGAAACGGCAUCUGAGAACAGCCCCGUUCGCGGUGUUUCUCGCGAUCUUGAUCGCGGCUGCCGCUCUCGAAAGCGAUCAGGCAGAGGAAGAGCCAGAGGAUUCAUGGAAGGAAAAUUUUAUCGUCCCUCAUGUUUAUCUGGAGAAGACGACCGGCAUCGAUGGUGACGGCUCCGGGAAGCCCCGCGUGUCGCUAUGCUGUCGCGUCGGCACUUUUCUCAAGGGGGACGACUGCGUGGAGGCCACCAUGAACGGGACGGAAGCGGUGCGGCUGCCGGCGAUCUACGAGACGGAUCUUAUGCCGACGAACGUCACUGCGAGCGACGAAUAUUUUGAUUUUGUAACAUGGAAUCCGUGUGCCGGCGCGAAACGGUAUUCAUUGAAUCCGCACGCGUACCAGGACGACGAAUGGUACCUGCUGUCCAACGGCUCCGUAUUGCGACCCCUGACCGAGGUGUCGGAAGAUCGUCUCCUCGACUAUCACCAGUACUGCUUGGCGCGGGUGAGGAGUUACGAGUACCCGGAAUACCUGGUGUUCUACUGCGAGGACGAGUAUACGAUCGAGGACGAGAACAACGGCGGGGUCAUAUAUUCCUACGGGAUGCUCGCGUCCGUCCCGUUCCUGGUCGCCACGUAUGUUGUCUACUGGUUGCUGCCCGACCUGAGGAAUCUGCACGGCCUGACGUUGCGCGGAUACGUCGGCUGCCUAGCGUUGGCGUACAGCAUGCUGGGGGUGCUGCAGCUGACGCCGCAGGAACAAAUCCCAAACGGCAUCUGCAUCACAUUCGCCUUCAUCAUUCACUUCUCGUUUUUGGCAAGCUUCUUCUGGUUAAACGUGAUGUGCUUUGACAUUUGGUGGACAUUCGGGUAGGCUAUCAAAAUAUUCUGUACUACAUUUUAUCUGCAAUCAAAUUAUCUUUUAAAGACAAUCUUGUGAAUUUCUUGAACGAAAUAGAGCAAGAUAUUUAUAAAAACAAUGAUAACCGUUUCUUCGCCAGUAAAUAAUUAAAAAUAAAAUCAAAGCAAAAAUUAAGCGACCCGACUGGCCAAUUCUCAUUUAUUAAUACUCACGACGUUUCAACCAUAAUCUGGUCCUCUUCUCAAGUGAGAUAUUAUAAUUUAAUUCCGCAACAUUAAACAUCAUGCGUC